AAGGUCAUGUAUGACAGUGUACAUCUGUGUUCAUCUGUGUAUUGUACACUGGCCGGCACGUCAGCGGUUUGCUGCUGUGCACGUACUCCCAACCUCCGCGCGCUCCCAGCCGCAAUACGCGUUCCAGAUUUGGCGCCGAGGACGCGCACGAGCGGCUGGCUGUCUGCCUGCUUGCCGCGACUCUGCUUCCAUGUCGGCCGAUUAUGUGUGUCGUUAUAAAAGUAAGGCGUACUUCUCCUGUCGGAUAUAUCGCAGUUUCAGUUCGAGUGUCAUAGUGCUGUGAAUGUAGAGCACUUGACCCGGGUGAAGACAAAGAGCGGCGGAUCAUUCCUCCACUUGUCGGUCCUUAUGUCUUCGGUGACUGUCAGUCACUUCUCCUUACUGUAUAUCUGGUUCUAAUUGCCUUCUAGAAAAGUGUGCAUUUUCAAACAGUAUUCUAAGAUCUGGUGAAACUAACAGGAAGUCAUCCUUUGAUGUAAUGUAAUAUGUGGUGUCUUAUGAUGAAAUACAUCCCAAAGUCUUGGCUUCCCAUGGAAUGGACAGAUAUGAAUUAAACAAUUUCUGAAAUACAGACGGACUGUAAUCAUGUCUGCCUGUGAUGCAUUUACAGAACACGUGUGGAAGCCUGGUGAAUGCAAGAACUGUUUCAGACCAAAAAGCCUACAUCGCCAGACAGGAGUUAAUACAGGAAAAUCUGACCAGCACCAAAAGCAGCGCAAAGUUUCUGCAUCAGAUACAGUUGGGAGCCGCCCUAGCCAUGUCAACAACUACCACAAUGUGAGCAGUGCUGGACAAACUGGCACAUCUAGUCAUUUCAGGCCUCCAGUAGCAAAGAAGCCUACCAUAGCCGUUAAACCAACAAUGGCACUUUGCACCACAGCUUUGGAGCUUCAGGGUAGCCAUGGAUUUGAGCAUCCAAAUUCCAGAAGCUCUGCAUUCACAGUUUGGAAUCAAAAUUUAGUGAACUCUAAAAGGCCAAGGGGAACAAACAAUAAUGUAUUAUUAGAUAGGGAGGAAGAGCACAAAGAAUGCAGUUUUCAGACCUGUCAAUCUCCAGGCAGCAGCAGUAGUAAUAAUAAUAAUGGAUUAACAGAGGUACUAAAGGAGAUUGUGUGUCUUGGGUCUGGUCCUGGGUCCAGUUCAGGUUCCAGCUCUUUAGAUGUUUUCUUGGGGCGCAUCAACAGUUGCUAUAAGCGUUCACUUGAGCGGGGUCUUCUAGCAUCAAGUUGUUUGACAAUGGGAAGGAAUAGUGAUGUUGGAAUGAAUGAGGGUGACAAGAAAAAGGUAUCGGUUAGUGGUAGCACUGAGGUUAUCAGUAAAGAAGGUGGACGAUUUUGUUACUCUGACUUUUCCAGUGAAGGGGAAGAAGAUGAUGAAGAUGAAGAUGAAAGUGAAGAAGAGAAGGGGACUGAGCAUGAAAGCUGGGAUGAGAGUGAUGAAGAGCUAUUGGCCAUGAAUAUUCGAAUGAGGGGUCAACCUCGCUUUGCCUGUUUUAGAGCUGCCACACUUUCACCUGUAAGAUUUAGUACUGAAAGAAAGUGGAGCACUGUGCCACUUCGCAACGUUUCUUUGCAGCGCAUUCUUGCUGUGGAUUAUGAUGAUAGUUACGAUGAAAUUUUAAAUGGAUACCCAUCUGAAGGAGCCAACGGUGGUGGUAUGAUUCUUAAUAGCCCACAUUCUACUCAAGACAGCCUUUUCUUUUCUAAUUCAGAAUCUGGAACAUCUCCUGAAACCUCUUCAUCUCUGCCUGAAGGUUCACUCCCUACACCCACUAGUCCUGGCAAUCUAAGUAAUAACUUCUCAGCUUUUGGGACUGCCAGAAAUUUACAAACACAUCACACUAGCAAUAAUGAUAACGAACAACCUAAUCUAGGAAUAAAGCCUGCAAAACAGACUGCAGUUGACCAGCAUAAAACUGUGCUGGCUGUAAGACUGGAGGAGCAAAGGGCUGGGCAGCAUACAGAUGGUGGUGUGUUGAAAAAUUGUCUCCCACCUCAGGCCCUUCCUGAUCAGAUGGUGACAAUCAGUUUCAACCCAACAGAAGAGCAGGCCAAUCCUUAUCGUGUUGUUAGUCUAGAGCAACCAGCAAUGUGUAAGCCUUACACUGUUGUUGAUGUUUCUGGUUCAAUGGGUGAAAAAAGUAACUGUGGCAAGCAAAACCUGCCAUCCAAAGCAUUAACAUCACCAGCUUCUCUUACACUGAACUCUACUCCAUUGCCUCCACAGAGUCCCCCUCUAAACUCGCCCACAAUGGUUCCUAAACAAGUUUCUUCAACAGAUGGGAACUCAUCACCAAAUAAAGUGAAAAAUAUCUCCUAUCAGGAGGUGUGGACUUCGAGUUCCAGUCCCCAACAAAAUAUGUCAAAGAUAAAAUCAUGUAGAGACAUAAAUACAGUUGAUUAUUUGGGAGGAUUAACUGUGCCUUCCAGGUCAAGUGCUCACAAAUCAGCACCUACCUCCCCUACAAUGUGUACCUCUUCUUCUAAUAAAACAGUUCCAAUUAAAUCAUCAAAUCUGUCUGAAAUUAAAUUCAAUAGCUAUAACAAUGCAGGUAUGCCCCCAUUUCCCAUUAUCAUACGCGAUGAGCCUGCAUAUGCAGGUGGCACUAAAAUGGCAGUUAAAGUACCAAUUCUAAUUAACCCGAGUGCUUAUGAUAAUCUUGCUGUUUACAAAAGCUUUCUUGGUUUGAGAGGUGAACUUCCUUUAAAGAAGGAUGGGAGAAACAGAGUGAGUAGUCAUGCUUAUGAGGAGAUAGGACCGUCGGAGAGCAAUCCAUCCACGCCAUCUUUUCAAUCAAUAGCAAAACCUGAGAAUGUCGAUACAGAGAAAAAAGAAGAGAUGAAAGACCAGACAAGCCCUUCUGUACAGACAGCUGCAGGACUAGAAACAAGUGCAGGAAUUGUUGCUGAAAAUCCUGCAGCAUGUAUUGCCUUAGUGUCCGAGUCAGUCCAAAAGACAAAUACAGUAGCCCUUUCUGUUAAAGAGGGUGUAGUACAAGCGAACACUGGAACAGUCCACCGAGAAAAAGCCAGCACUGUUCUCUUUCAGACUGUUACCACAAUCCAGCCUCCCCAGUCUCCACCAGAGUCUCCAAUAAAAGAAAAUAAUGCCUGCCACAUUGGUGAACUCUGUGAGCUACUGACAAAUGCAAGCAUUGAAACAGUAGAGCGACCAAAGACCUCACACACUCUGGUAGAUGGGAUUUUUGGUAAAAGAAAGCAAGUUUCGACUAAACAGAUGACACCAGGUUCAUCACUCGUAAAUGCCAAAGUAGAUCCUGUUGCCCCAUUUCCCCCACCCCGAUCCACCUCCUCUCCAUAUCAUGCCAAUAAACUGCUACAGAGACAUUUUGGCAACUGGUCAAAGACUGGAGUAAAUGGAGAUGGCCCCUCUUCAAGUGCAGGCACAUCAACAUCUGGUAUAGGAGAAGGGAGGCAUACAGUAUCAGAAACACCUAAAGCCAAACGGUGGAUCUCUUUUAAGAGUUUUUUCCACAGGAGGAAGAAUGAAGAAGAAUGCCAAAAGAAGGACAAACAUGAGCCAGAAAAAGGAAAACUGCUUGGGCUUGAUGGUACCAUUAUACACAUGUUGCCACCACCUCCUGUACAGCAGCAUAAUUGGUUUACAGAAGCCAAGACUGAUGAUCCCAACCAGAAACCUACUAUUAUCUUCACUUGCAAACCAAGGUUAAAUCAUGAAGGGGACCUGCCAAAGAAUGAUGUGUUGUUACAGGAAGACAGAGCUGUAAAUGAAAAGCAGACAUCUGAGGGUGUGAAACGCAAAGCUGAUGACCAGUCUGGCCAAGGCCAUCCAUCAAAGAAUGUUGUCAGUCAAACAACUGAACAAGGAAGCAGUAGUGAAAUUUCUACAUUGAUCGAAUCCUCUGAGGCACGUAAGAAAGCUUCAAUGAAACCGCUAAAAAAUGGCAGAUUGGUGACAUCUGGCACUGCUAGUGAAGGGACAGUUAGUGUGAAUGAAGAAGAGGAUGACGUGGAGUCUACAGCUUCUGGCACUUGUCAAGUCACCUAUAGUAAUCUGGGCCAAUCCAGAGCAAACAUGAUCCCCCUGAAACAACCCAGAAAUGCUAAAGCCUCUGAUGAUGCCACCGUGAAGUUUGAGCUGUCAGAUUCCAGUUCAACAUCCACUCCACUCACAGUUCCUAAGAAAAUGAUCGACAGAGAUAAGCCAGAAUCAUUAUCCAAAUGCAAAGGCUCUCGCUCUCUGAAGAUAAAGAAGCCCACAAAAUCCAAGGGGGAUAACCAUAAUGUUGCAAACCCACUAUAUGAUGUCGACAUUGGCUGGGAGACUGCAAGUCAGAGCUCAUCUCUCAGUUCUGAAGCACAGUUACUCGAUGCAAAUUCUGGAGACUCACUUGAAAAAAUGACAGGGGGCAGGAAAAGACCAAGAAAUAGUUUAUCUGUCUUUGCUUCCGCUAAUAUUGAAGGCAAGGCAAAACAAGAUUUUUGCAGCAUUCAGUCCUUGCCCGCUGUAAAUGUAUCUGAGCAAGGAGAGGCCUACAAGCCACAAAGACAUGUUUUAUGCAAGAAAUGGAUGGAUGGGUGGAUGGAUAUUGAAAACUGGGAGGAGGUAAUGAGCCACAUUAGGGGACUUCAUUCAAACACACUUCAGAUCUUGGCAAACAAAUGUAAGGAUAUUUUUAUGGCAGGGAAAAAACGGCUCCGCCGCUUUGGCACAGAGUGUUGGUCUGACUUUCACUUAACUACAGGAACACCUUGCUGCGAGUCUGGUGAUGCCAUAUACUAUACUGCUUCAUAUGCCAAGGAUCCAUUAGUAAACUAUGCUGUCAAGAUAUGCAAGAGUAAGGUGAAAGAGACCCAACAGCAGUUCUUCCACAGCCUGGCAGUACGGCAGAGUUUACCAGAGCACUUUAAUAUCCAACAAGAUUGUGGACACUUUUUUGCUGAUGUUCCUGUUCGACUGUUACCCUGGGAAAUGGCUAGUACACCUGAAGAAGAUGGAGAGAAAGUGAAUACAUUACCAGAGGCUUUUAUAGCAAUCGCUGAUAGUAAUGCUCCCUCUUCUGCACUGACAACCCAGAAGCUGAAGCAAGUAUCCACCACGGGAACUUUGGGUAAAUUACGCAGCUGCGUGGUGGUCAUUACCCAAGAAGUACCAUAUCAGACACUGUCAGAUUUUGUGAAGGAGGGCAUUUCUUACCAUAUUAAAAACCCUGAUCUUUAUGAACGGCAGAUCUGCCUUUUGUUGCUGCAGCUUUGUUCUGGCCUUGAACACAUGAAAGCCUAUCAUGUCACACACUCUGACCUGAGGCUUGAGAACCUGUUACUGAUACGCUGCCAACCAAACAAGCCUAUGGAAUAUUCAGAUGCUGGCUCCAACUUGGCGUGCCCUGGCCGUCUUAUAAUUAGCAACUUCUCACAAGCCAAACACAAGAGCGAGUUAAUGAAUCCUGAUGUCCUUGAGAAUCAGUCCAGAUUAGCUCCGGAGAUAAUUAGUGCCACUCAGUACAAAAAAUGUGAUGAGUUUCAGACAGGAAUACUCAUCUAUGAAAUGCUGCACCGACCUAAUCCCUUUGAAGAGCUUCCAGAAUUAAAGGAGCGGGAGUAUACACCAUCUGACCUCCCACGCAUUCCCCAGCGCUCCCUCUACUCACAAGGGCUGGAUCAACUUGCUAGCCUGCUGCUCAAUGCCAAUCCAUCUGAGCGCAUCCAGAUUUCUGAGGCAAGGGCUUUCUUGCAGUGUCUGCUGUGGGGUCCACGGGAUGAUCUGUUCCAGACUCUUAGAGUAAACCAAGAUGUUAAGCACCGAGAGAUCAUUUUGCAGAACUGGCUAGAUGUAAAAAGAACCCUAAUGGUAAUCAAGUUUGCAGAGUACUCGCUGAGUGACGGCAUUGCUGUUGGUCUGGAGGACUGGUUAUGCUCUCAGUAUUUGGCCUUCACAAAUUCAGAGUUGUUGGCGAGUGUUGUUGCAAUAGUUCUACGACAGCAUGAGCAUCUUUGAUAUUUGUUAUCUCUUUGCUACUGGUUUUUGUCAUACCACUGCUCUUUCUAUAGUGCUACCCACAUUUUACAGAUUGUUUUGCAGUUUUGUACAGAUGAUACUUAAUAUAUAGCUAUAUUAUUUUGCACGUCUUGCACAUCUCCAGGGUUACAGAGGUUUGUGUUUUCUGAACAUGGAGUAACAGAGAAAGGAUCAAAAAAUUGAAAUGUCGAAAAGACAAAGUGUUUUUUAUAGGUUCUGAAGAAGCAAAAAUACCCAAUAGCCUAUAUAUCUUGUUUGUGCUACAGAUUAAUCAGAUUAGAAAGAUGAUAGCAAUGAUCUUACAUAUCUUUUUAGUAUUAAAUUAUUUUUAUGAAAACAUUAGGCCAUGUACUCCACAUUUUAUACGAUUUUUUUAAGGUGGUGUGUACUUUAUUUGAAUUGUUUCCUUUCUCUUUGAUUUUAACGGCCUAGAGCCUGAUAUACAUUUGUUUGAGCACAUUACAAAAAUAGAAACCAUGAGCUGUUUCAUUUUUAUUCUUUCAUGUUUGCACUGAGUAUAGGAAAAAAAUUUAAUCCUAUAGACAAUGUUGAAGAAGCAGUGACACUGGUUUAAGUCUGUGUGUGUGUGUGUGUGUGUGUGUGUGUGUGUAUAUAUACAGAUAUGUUUAGGGCAUGUUGAGCACUACUAUUUAGUACGCUGUUUAUUGACGCUUUGCAUAGGCAGUAUAUCAAUACACUUUUGUGUGAUCAUUUAGGAGAGAGGAGCCUACUUUCAGCUAAAAGGGGCAAGGAGGGCUGCAAGCAACCUUUCAGAAAACACUUACUGCAGACCCUUUGUACAGGCAAUAUUUCAGUCAGACAAAUUAUCUUUUCUUGGUCCUUGUUCGGCUUUUUAUGGUAUAAACGGGCAUAACAAGGAUUCUUUCAAAACGCACUAACUGCCUGCUAACUAAAUGAAUGGCAACACUUUUUUUAAAACAUAGCCCAGGUUCAGUUUGUUUUUUUUUUUUUUUUUAACUUACAGUUCUGAUUAACUUUUUUUUUUUUUUUAGCGAUUCAUAUCCAUGCUGUUUAAAGAAUAAAAUGCAAUACAGAGAGAGCCUUGUGUUGUUUCUACAGUAUUUACCAAAACACACUCAAAAGAGGGAUGAACAUAGGGGCAUCAAAACUGUUUCACAAAAUGUAAGACAACACCUUCGGUCUUCAUGGACUUAAUUGCAUACAUUGUUACCCUGUUUGUUUGAUGAAGUGGCUUCACCUCACUCCUACCUCACAUUACAACAACCACAAAUCCCAUUGUUUCUCCUAUGUCACUCAUACUGUACAUUUCUGCCCUUUCCUUCCUCCAUACCAGUGAACGUUUAUCCCAGCAUGCCAGCCUGCAUCAAGCUCACUAGUCCAUUUUCUUUAUUGUUGGGCUUUGGGCAGCCAACACCCCAACAGGGUGGAGUAUUGCUGUCCCCGUCAUGUUGUGAUGCUGUGUGAAGCAGAAAUUCAUCACGUUUUACAAUCAAACAUUCAAUAGUAAUCCCACAUACUGUAAACUUGCUGAUACUUCCAUGACUUUCAAAGUAUUCCUCACUGUGACCGCUCCUGUGUAGCCAAUUAUUCACCUAAACAGCCUCCCUCACUUUAUGAAGUGUUACUGGGCACUUUUGUUACAAGUUCUACAUUGUAUGGUACCAUACACAAAACAUACAUGCAGACCACAUGUUUUGAAAACACUGUUGAGGCCAAGUUUAGACAAGUGGUCUUGAAUCUCAUUUGUGCUGAUCAUGCUUCCUCCAUUCAGUGUCUGCAUAUGAAGUGCCUUACCUUUACCUGUUUAUGUUAUUCUUAAUACCACGUCCCAUUCCUGCUCUGAUUCCAUAACACUUUCAGUUUACUAAUCUAAUUCUUCCUUUACAAUUGUUAUUACAAUGUCCAUCACAACCACCUAAGUUGCUCAUUUGUAAUUUCAUUAUCAGAUAACCACUAGUAUAGCAGAUAUUCAACAAAACUUAAACUCUAUACCAAAUAACAAGUAACAGGAUAAAUUGUCCUGUCCAGAGUUGGCUGUGUGCUAAAAUAAGUUGUUCAUCGGUAGGAAUGAAUAGCAUCUUUGGUGCAGGUUUUUGCCUCAUUUAUACAAAAAACAAUUAUAUUUUUACCUUUUCUACCUAAUAAUUCAAACUUCCAUGGUUCACUAAGUUGAUCUCACAACAGACCACAACUGCAUGAAUUAAACACUGGAAAUGGCUGUCUAAACAAAUAAAGAGUACAUAGUCUACAUAUGUACGAAAAUUCGGAGACCCUUUCUCCAAUGCUAAUAUUGCUGUUUGUAUAGCCCACACCACAUAAUUACCUAUCAUUUUGCCAAAUGAACUGCAGAAUCACACCAUGCUUCAUCAUAACUGGUCAUACAACAAAGAAGCCUAACAAAGCAUAUUGUAUAAAACUGCACUUUUAAGACUCCAAAUGCAUGUUCCUAUAUUUUAGUUGCUGGUGUUUCAUUACAUCGAUUUUAGAGUUAUCAGACUUGAUGACUGCUGUUGCUGAUCUCGUCGUCUGAAUUUAUCAGUUUACACAAUUAGGGGGAUGUCAGAUUACUUGAUUCUGUAAUGACUUUCCAGCACAGUUUCAUAAUUUCAAAGUGUUGCGACCUUACCCCAUUUUCUUAUAGACAAUAACAUGUUGCCUGGUGGAGCCAGUACCUUUGUGAACGAUUUACAGGUUCAGCCACAAUUUCUGCCCUUUAUUUUUUUUUCCAUUCUAUUGUGGUACAUAAAGAACGAGACAUUCAAUGGACAAUCCUGUCCGGUCCUGCCUGAAGAUAUCCAUAUUUUGAAUAACUGCUGCGUUCCUUACAUUUUAUUUUUCCUUUGCAGUUAUGCACCAAUGCAUCCUAUAAAGUAGCAUUUAAAACAAUGGAAGGAAUGCUUUCUUAAAGGAUGAGUUUGGUAUUUUUGAAGACCAAGUUAUUUCUUCACAAACACGGUAUUUAUGCAUUUGCAGCUCAAAAUUGUGUUCUAAAAUUAAGUGUUUCCCGUCUAUGAUGGGAUGAAAGCUGAGUAAUCGACAUCGUCCUCAGUGUUAAACUUUGUAGUACCCUGUGCAAUGCAUGUGUCUCUGUUUAUUGCCAUUUGGUAUGGGAUUCAUAAAAGCAGUGUUAAUGUUUGUGACGUGCCAUCUGUUGGAAUGACAGAGCAACAGGACAGACACACAGACAUUUAUCCUUUAGUUAAGGUGGAGUGCUUUUGAUGGUUUUCCAGGAUGCAAGUAUAUCACCCUUCUAGCAGGCUUAGUCUCAACCUAGUGUGUUUCCCUUAACCCCCCAGCCAUUCUUAUCUGAAUCUAAUUCCAUAUAAUAUUCCCCUUAUUGGUGUUUCCACUUCAUUUAUAAUCAGUGUGACGUGAGCUACCUUAUGGCAAGUUUCUCUUAUCCUCGUCUUCCUGUAAUUGUUCACGAGGCCAUUAAAAGCCACACUGGGGUUACUUCCAGAACUUGGAGUUGAGCUUUUGGGUUACCAGGAUAGAGUAGUGAGCUUGGAGAUCACGGCACUUGAAAACGUAAAAGGGCCUGGACUAUAGAUUUAGCUUUUUUAAAAAAAAAAACAGCCUCCACCAUACCUUUCAUGACAUGUGCUCUGACCCCUGGUGACCUGCAGGAGUUGCACCAGCUUCCCACAAGGCCCUCUGGGUGUCUGCCUCUCCCUAUAUGUCAUUGCUAUCCACAGACCACAUGCUUAUGAAAACCUCUAAUGCAAUUUUUUUUUUUAACUACUCUGGCAGACAGCAAUACAUGCUGACAUCCUGUGUGGGUUCCUUUUGCUCCCUAGUGGCCCGUACAGAGCCUUCCACUUUGUCAUUCCUGCAUCUGUUCAGCCCGUGCCAGUUGGUUUGCUCUCCACAGACAGUUGUCAGCUUAUGGAGGCGGCAUGAUGUAACAGCAAUGAUUCACUUGUCACAUCUGUGAGUCUGACCCACAAAUGUGUCAUUUGUCCAGCAAAAUAUCCCAGACCGCCACUGACGAUUACUCACAAACUUCAGUUGGACUUCUUUUUCAUUCAUGAAUUUAUUUGUGUUUAGUCGGCCUUUUCCAUCAUUUUCAGUAUUAUUCGGGUGUAUCCAACUGAUCUGGCUGUCAUUUUCUUGCUUACUGUUCUGUCCUCAUUUUUCCCCAAAGCCUUGCACUCUGUUGGAGAGGCUGCUGUCUUUAGUUGUUCAAGUACUGGCAAGUGAAGCACUGACCGUUUAGGCUGUGUCUUUUUUGCAGUGAGAACUAACCUGCUGUUUGGGAGGAUCUUCUUGGUUGAGGUUAGCAUGAAGGGAUGAGGUUUGAUCACAUGUGAGCCCCAAAUUAUUUGUUAUCCCAAAAAAAUAAAGACAUCAGGGUAGGUCUGCAUUAAUAACGUGGCUGCAUAAAAUUAAAUGUUUGCUUCUGCAAAACGCAUAUAUUUUUGUACACAAGUGUGAGUUUACAUAGCUCAAGUGCAGCAUAACCUGAGGAUUGUGUGUGUGGGUGUGUGUGUUUAUAUACAUAUAUAUUUUAUAUAUAAAGUAUAAAUGCUAAAAGAAUCUUGCUUAACUGAGGUCCAGUCCUGUUAAUGAUUUAUCUGCAGUAUUAAUGCUUUUGCAUAUUUCUCUUUACCUGUAAUUAUGUAUAAUGUAUAUUAUUGCACGUCUUGUGUAUACUGUUUAUUUUAUGUCAGCCGACAGGCACAGGGGAAUAACACUAAAAAUUCAAAUAAA